CGAUGAUCCCUGCCUCGAAUAUCCUGCCUCUUCAACAAUUGCGAUCUUGCAAUCUUUUCCUGCUUUUCCUGCCCUUCAACUUCUUCACCCCCCUCGUUCAUCACAAAAAGCAAGAGCCGUCACCACUUCGUUUGGGUGUCGCUCCUCCUUCGCUACCUCCUACUCACUUCUAAUACCCAGUGUCUUCUGUUGGGAAAUUCCUCACUCCCUUGGAGCCCAACCCCAGUUAAUUUUCUUCUUCGCCCCCCCUUCGGUUGAAUUUCUCGCAGACACAGAUUUGAAGAGAGCACUCUGUUUCAUCAUGCGUACCUCAACUUUGGCUACCCUCGCUUUGGGCGCUGGUGCUGCUUCUGCCGCUUCUGUCAAAAGAGCAAGCAGCUUGCCGACAGUCUCUGUCAAAGGAAACGCUUUCUUUGCUGGUAACGACCGUUUUUACAUUCGCGGAGUUGACUACCAACCCGGCGGCUCCUCCGACGUGGCAGAUCCCAUUGCCGACGAGAAUGGCUGCCAGAGAGACAUUCCUGAAUUCCAGAAGUUGGGCAUCAAUGCUAUCCGAGUGUAUACUGUUGACAAUACCGCAUCUCAUGACACAUGCAUGAAUGCCUUGGCGGAUGCUGGCAUCUACCUUAUCUUGGACGUCAAUACCCCCAAGUAUUCCUUGAACCGAGCCGACCCUGGCCCAUCCUACAACGAUGUAUAUCUUCAGAGCAUCUUUGCCACGAUUGACGCCUUCCAAGGCUAUAGCAACACCUUGGCUUUCUUCUCUGGCAACGAAGUCAUCAAUGACCCUUCGACUUCGGCAGCUGCGCCCUACGUCAAGGCUGUCACCCGUGACAUCAGACAGUAUAUCCGAAACCGAGGCUACAGGACCAUUCCUGUGGGCUACUCUGCCGCCGAUGUGGCCGAGAACCGUUUGGAGAUGGCCGAGUACAUGAACUGUGGCACAGACGACGAGCGCUCCGAUUUCUUCGCGUUUAACGACUACUCCUGGUGCGAUCCUUCAUCCUUCACCAUCUCCGGCUGGGACCAAAAGGUCAAGAAUUUCACGGGCUAUGGUAUCCCCAUUUUCCUCUCUGAGUAUGGCUGCAACACCAACACUCGGGACUUCGGCGAGGUUGUGGCUCUCUACGGCAACCAAAUGACCCCUGUUUACUCCGGAGGUUUGGUCUACGAGUAUUCCCAGGAGGCUAGCAACUAUGGUCUUGUCGAGAUCAAUGGCGACUCUGUUUCUGAACUGCCGGAUUUCGGUACUCUCCAGAAGCAGUACGCCAACACCCCCAACCCUCAAGGUGAUGGCGGCUACAACUCGACCGGCGGAGCGUCUGGCUGCCCUGCCUACUCGUCACCCAACUGGCUUGUCAAGGACGAUUCUCUGCCUGCCAUCCCCGAUGGUGCAAAGAAGUACAUGACCCAGGGUGCUGGCACUGGACCUGGUCUUUCUGGCGCUGGCUCUCAGAAUGCGGGUGGUGCUUCUACUGGAACCGCCACCGCAGGCAGCGGAGCCCCCACUCAGACUGGCAGCUCUGGCACCACCAGUGGAAGCAGCACCAGCAACGCCGCCGUUUCCGUCAUGGUGCCCGAAUUUUCGGUCGCUCCUUUGGUCUGUGGUGCUCUUGUUGCCAUGUUCACACUUUUUGGCGCUACUUUGUUGUAAAUCUGCCAGGUGAUUGGGCAGAAUUGAUUUGUGCAGGAAGAAGACACGCAAACAGAGUCGGCCGUCUAGGGGAAAGGUUGUGGAAAUGGAUUGGCUUCUCUUUUGCAUGUAAGCGUUGGGCGGAUUGUGUUGGACUGGUUCGGCGCAUUAAAACAAGCCUUGAAUAUGAAAUUGGCAUGUCCAUGCAAUAGAGUUGCGCGGGUUUUUUGAGAACAGAUACAGAUGAAACAGCAAAAUUAAUACGCCAACAUUCAUACUUGUACCCGAUCCUUUUGCGCAAUGGUCGUCUGCAAUGUCGUCCUCCCCUUCUGCAUGUCCCAGGGU